GCUUUCAUGUUUUCCCCUUUUUCUAUAACAGUCAGUCAGUCGGUUGGACAUCAGCGAGUGAAGAAGCCAGUCAGCAUCCAUCAUGGCUGUUAACAUCCCAGGAGUCAUAGCGAUGGUGGUUUUCUACCUGCUGGUCCUUGGGACCGGCAUCUGGGCUUCUUUCAAGUCCAGAAGGGAACGGAAGAAAAGUGCAGCCAGUGGAAUGGAGAUGGCGCUGCUGGGGAACCGGAGCAUUGGCCUGGUGGUGGGGAUCUUCACAAUGACAGCUACAUUCGUUGGAGGGGGCAUCAUUGUUGGCACAGCUGAGCUGGUGUACACACCUUCUUUGGGACUAACCUGGGUUAUAAUGAUGCUCACGGCACACAGCUCAUCUUUUAUUAUUGUUGGCCUGGUGUUUGCAAAGCCAAUGAGAGAAAGAAGGUAUGUGACGAUGAUGGACUCUUUCAAUGCCAAGUACGGAAAAGUUCUAACAGCUGGACUCUGCUUGGCUGCUAUUUCUGUGGAUGUGCUCUGGGUGCCCUUAAUUCUCCUUGCUUUAGGAGGAACCAUGAGUGUGAUCUUGGAUUUGUCCUUCCCUUUGUGCAUUUGGAUCUCUGCUGCCGUCGCCAUUACCUACACACUGCUGGGAGGUCUCUACUCUGUGGCCUACACAGAUAUUAUCCAACUUGUGCUCCUGUUCUUCAGCUUGUGGAUCUGUGUUCCCUUUGUCUUGAUGAACCCUUACUCGUUGGACAUUAGGAAGACACUGAUGAAUAACACCUUGCACGCUCCCUGGAUUGGUGCACCAGGGCUGAAAAAGUCCUGGAUAAUGAUUGAUGAUUUCUUAUUCUUUGCACUAGGGAAUGUGGGAUAUCAGGGCAGCCACCAGAGGACUUUGUCGGCGUCUUCAACAUCCACAGCCAAGAUCACUUGCUUUGUCGCUGCUGUCCUCUUUCCUGUAUUUGGGAUACCUUCUGUACUGUUUGGGGCAGUUGCUGCAUCCACAGACUGGAACCUGACUUCCUAUGGUUCUCCAUCUCCAUAUGAACGAGGGGAAUCAGCUCUAGUUCUGCCCCUGACCCUGCAGUAUCUCACCCCGGCCUUCAUCUCCAUCAUCGGUAGCGGAUGUGUGGCUGCCGCCGCCAUGUCAUCAGCUGACUCUGCUUUGCUUUCUGCAGCUUCUGUCUUCACCUCCAACAUAUACAAGACCAUACUGAGGCCUCAGGCUUCAGACAGAGAGAGUCUGUGGGUGAUCCGUGCUUCUGUCUUGGUAGUGGGCUUAGUUUCCACAUCACUGACCAACCUGGAAAACAGCCUGUUGUUGUUCUGGUUCAUUAGUGCUGAAGUGGCCUACGUCAUAAUCUUCCCUCAACUGGUCUGCGUCUUGUUCUUCAACGUCUCCAACGGUUACGGGGCUGUGAUGGGCUUGCUGGUGGGAACUGUGUUAAGGAUGCUCAGUGGAAACCCAUCACUCGGGUUAGCACCAGUCAUUCACUUCCCAGGAUGCGCUCUUGAGGACGGUGUUUAUGUCCAGUAUUCUCCGGUUAAGACUAUCUCCAUGCUGUCUGCCGUCGCUGCCAUCUUAUAUUUCUCCUACAUUGCGUCUAUGCUCUUCAACAAAGGCUUGCUUCCUGAGAAGUGGGAUGUGUUCAAAGUGAAAGUCCAGCACUCACCACAACCAGAGACAGUAACGAAUGUUGCAACAGAACAAACUCAGAUUUUGUAAGUGAAGUUGUAAGCGUUCAUGCAUGUGGCAGUGUCAGUUUUUUUUAAGCAGAAUACAAACUAGUAAAUACCAUAGACUGUAAAAGAAAAACUGGACCACACAUCUCCACGCCCUCCAACUGUACAAAACCUAAGCCACGAUAUCUAGAAUACAGGUGCCGCCAUCUUGAAAGUUUGGAGUCUGUGCAGUCUUUGAUAGGGCAGUGGAGCUGACGUAUUAAAGUCCUGCCCAUACACCCCAUACAAACCAAUCAUAAGCUAUCAAUCAUGACGUUUCACACUGGUUUUAUAGCAUUAAAAAAAAAAAAAAACUUGUGCACUUGAAGAAACAUUAGCGUCAAACGAGCUACCUAAAAUGACAGAAACAAUAUUUGGGAACAAAGUAUCUGAAGGGUACUUUGAUGUUUUUAGUUUGGCCCAUGUCCCAUUGGCUAAAAUAGAGGGGACAGGGUUUAUGACCUUUACUGCAGCGAGCCACCAGGGGGGGAGACCGAGAUGUUUUGUGUCUGUGGUUGGAGACUAGUCAGGUGUGGCCACUGCAACUGGCACCGCGUCGUUUAGAGUCUGAAUUGUAGCUCAAAGCAUAAAAAAAGUUGCAUUUGGUUUGUAGUAUCCGCUACAGUAACAAUCAUUAGUUUGUUUGUAUUGAUAUAUUUUCAUUAAUAUGGAAGCUACAGUGGAGGUAUAGCGGUACAUGACGGCUCCACCGCUGGAAAGAUCUGAAGACCCACUGGAUACCGGAUAAAUCAUGAAAAUGUGCCCCCUCAUCUUUUUAUACUGGCUAAACGUAAACUUCUCUAAAUGUGGAAAGGUUGUAAGAAAAAAAAUAAACAUGCU